AAAUGUUUGGGAGUGUAUGUGACGUAUGCGCACUUCCGGUUCAAGUGUGACCGUCUCCAUGACACAGUUGUUUGGGGGAAAAAAAUAACCGUGCGUGUUUUUGAACCCCUCUGAACCCACCUUGUGUGGCAUCUCAGCGGCGGAGGGCACCGCCAGCGGCCGGCCAAAGAUGGAGGCGGUCCCCCGCAUGCCGAUGAUAUGGCUGGACCUCAAGGAGGCUGGUGACUUCCUCUUCAGUCCGGCCGUCAGGCAGUUCAUAUUGAAGAACUACGGGGAGAAUCCUGACCACUACAACGAGCAGCUGAAGAAACUGGAGACGCUGCGUCAGAACGCCGUGAAUGUGACGAGAGACUUUGAAGGAUGCAGCACGUUGAGGAAGUACUUUGGUCAGCUCCAUUACCUCCAGAGCCGUGUUCCCAUGGCGACGGGCCAGGAGGCCGCUGUGCCCAUCUCAUGGACAGAGAUCUUCUCUGGUAAAACAGUCAGCCAUGAUGACAUCAGUUACGAGCAGGCGUGUAUCCUCUACAAUCUUGGAGCGCUGCACUCCAUGUUGGGAGCCAUGGACAACCGCGUGUCCGAGGAGGGCAUGAAAGUAUCGUGCACACACUUCCAGUGCUCAGCGGGAGCGUUCUCCUACCUGAGGGAUAAUUUCAGUCACAACUUCAGUGUGGACAUGAGCCAUCAGAUCCUUAACCUCAACAUCAACCUCAUGCUGGGUCAGGCUCAGGAGUGUCUUCUGGAGAAAUCCAUGCUGGACAACAGGAAGAGCUUCCUGGUGGCUCGCAUCAGCGCUCAGGUGGUGGAUUACUACAAGGAGGCCUGUAGGGCACUGGAGAACUCCGAGACGGCCUCCAUGCUGGGGAAGAUCCAGAAGGACUGGAAGAAGCUGGUCCAGAUGAAGAUCUACUAUUUUGCAGCCAUCGCACACCUCCACAUGGGCAAACAAGCCGAGGAGCAGCAGAAGUACGGCGAGCGGCUGGCGUACCUUCAGAGCUCCUUGGACAAACUGUCCGAGGCCAUCAAGCUGGCCAAGGGUCAGCCCGACAGCGUACAGGACGCCCUGAGGUUCACCAUGGACGUCAUCGGUGGAAAGUUCAACUCCGCCAAGAAGGACAACGACUUUGUCUAUCAUGAGUCUGUUCCUGCCCUGGACACGCUGACGUCUGUCAAAGGUGCCCCACUGGUCAAAGCCCUCCCAGUAAACCCCACAGACCCCAGCGUCACUGGACCAGACCUCUUUGCCAAGCUGGUCCCCAUGGCGGCCCACGAGGCGUCCUCCCUCUACAGCGAGGAGAAAGCCAAGCUGCUGCGAGACAUCAUGGCCAAGAUCGACGGCAAGAAUGAGACGCUGGAGCAGUUCAUGGACUCUCUGGGUUUGGAGCCUGAGUCUGUAGACAACCUGGACUUGUACAGCCACAUCCCUCCGGUCCUGAUGGAGAAGUGUGCAGCUCUCAGUGUCCGACCCGACACCGUCAAGAGCCUCAUCCAGUCCAUGCAGGUCCUCUCGGGGGUCUUCACCGAUGUGGAGUCGUCCCUGAGAGAGAUCCGAGAUGUUCUGGAGGCGGACGAGGCUGGUGAGCGCGCCCUCCAGGAAGCGGGCCCCCCAGUGGUGGAGCUGCACCCAGCGCCGCAGGCCCAAAUUCUGUCUGAGAUCCACAGGGACCUGGAAAAAUACAUGGAAGCUCACGAGAAGGCCAGUUUCACCAACACAGAGCUUCACCGGGCCAUGAACCUGCACAUCAGCAACCUGCGCCUGCUGGGGGGGCCUCUGGAAAGUCUGAGGGAGGCUUUGCCCCACCCACAACUCAGUGAAGAGGAAGUGGCGGGGCUUCAGUGCAUGAAGCGGAUUCUGGCUAAGGUUCAGGAAAUGAGGGAGCAGAGAAGCAGUUUGGAGAAACAACUACGCGAGCUCAUUCAUCAGGAUGACAUCACCUCCACUUUGGUCACCACCGAGAGAGCAGACAUGAAGCGUGUGUUUGAGGAGCAGCUGAAGAAGUACGAGCAGGUGAAGGUAUACAUCGACCAGAACCUGGCGGCCCAGGAGAACAUCUUGAAGGCCCUCACCGAGGCCAAUGUUCAGUACGCGUCCGUCCGCAAGAGUCUGAGCCAAACGGAGCAGCAGUGGAACGGCACGGUCCAGGGUCUGGUGGGCUCCUACGAAGCCUACGAGGACCUGAUGAAGAAGUCCCAGGAAGGCAAAGAGUUCUACGACGACCUGGAAGCCAAAGCUUCUCGUCUGCUUGAGAGAGCAAAGACUUUGUGUCAGACCAGAGCGGACGAGAGGAAGCCUGUCCUCGAAAGAGAAAGCCUGAAAAAGCCUCCGGCCAGACCUACAGCGGCAAAGCCCUACUUGAAGCCAAAGUCUCGGGAUGGAGACUCGGCCUGUUCAAGUCUAGAUGAUCCAGAGUUGGCCCAACUCAAUGCAGCCAUUUUGGCUUUAGGAAAUGACCAACCAGAGGAGCUGCGCAGCCUCCCGCCUAACAUUCCUUCCCUUCCCACAUCUCGUCUGCCAGGUCCAGAAGCCUUCCUGCCCCCGGGUGCCUGCCUGGGCGGAAGCGGAUCUUUGCCUUGGCCCGGUUCUUCAAUCCCGGGUCUUCCUCGUUUCCCAGCCAAUCUCCCUCCUCCAGAGCUUCUGGCUCGGAUUGCUCAGUUUCCAACAUCCGGUGUUGUGGCGGCACCUGGACCUUUGGCAUGCAGACAGAUUCCACAGAUGCCUUCACAAAUACCGACGCAGGUGCCAUACAGGCCACCUGGCCCCCACGUCCCUCAAGUUUGUCCCACUCCAGUCCGGCCCUCAACCACCACAGUAGACAGCAUUCAGGCCCCGAUCCCCAGCUACCCUUCAACACCUCAACACCCCCUCCCGCCUGCAGCUUCUACUGCUUACCCUGUACAUCCACAGAUGGGAGCAUACCCCCAGUUUGUUCCCCAAACGGGAGUCCCGAUUUUGACGCAACAGAAACCGGCUCAGCAACCUUACCCAUCUCCUGUGGGGCAACCACUUCCCCCAGGCUACCAGGCUGGACCCAGACCCCUUGCUGCCCAUCACCUUCCUUUACAGACUUAUUCCCAUGGUUACUUGCCCCCUCAAUCUCGUGCCCCGCCACAGUAUCCACAAACAUUCCCAGGUCACAUGCAUCAACAACAAAACGGCUACCAGGCCCCGCCUCAGAUACACCAAGGCUACCCGACCCCUCAGACCUACGCCCCACAGCAGCUGCCUCAAGGGAUGCCAGGCUCUAUGCCACCCCCAUCCCAGGGCCUGAUGCCCGCACAAAGUGCUCCUCUACAACUCCCGCCAACGUCUCAGACGACCCCGCCUGUUUCUCAGUCUUACCUGUCCCACCCAAAGCAACAAAUGCCCCACAGUGCCCAGCAACUCGUGCCCCAUCCACAGACUAUUCAGCCCCCGCUUCAUGCACAGAUGCCUCCCGGUCCUCAAGUCCAUCUCCCAAGAGGUCCCAUGGUGCAGAUGUCCCCGGGUAGCCUUGCACCACAGCAUCAUCCCCACCCUGGACAACAUUCCAUUCCAAGCAUGCCCCAACCGCACAUGUCAAUGCCCCCUCCAAGCCAAGUACAAGCCCACCACACUGGGGGUGUUUGCUAUCCUGGAGGGCCCCCCAUGUUGCCUCAGCAGCCCCUGGCACCACAGCCCCUAGCUCCCCCACAGCCUUCAAUGUACCCUUCACCCCCAGGAGUUAGUUUACCCCCAAGUGGUCCACAGCAGCCCCCCGCCAUGGGCCCACAUAGUCUACAUCCUCAUGUCCCGCCUCAGCACAUGGUCCAACCUUCAGCAGGACAGACAGCCAUUACUCCCUCCCCUCCACCUGUCCCGUCUCCAGCACCCUCACCAGGUCCAGCGUCUAUGGGUCUGACCCCCCAGCUGAGACCCACGACCACCCCCAAGACGGGGGGUAUCGGUCCACCCACCCUUUCCUCUCUCUCAGCAGCAUGUCCAUCCACAUCAAUGUUCCAGCUUCAGAACUCUAGCCAUCAUGACCUCCUCUCCUCCAGUCCAGAGAGUCACACUGGGGCCACCAAGACCCCCACCAACGUCCUCCAGCCCAUUAAAGCAGAUCCCAAGGAGGGGGAGCGGCGAAAGAAGGACUCUCAGGGGGUUCUCUUGAUCCAAGGUGACCCGUACCAAGAUCCAGAGCUCGUUGCCCGUCUUCACAGUGAACUGGAAAAUUUCAGAAGACAAGUGGAGUCCCUGGAGAACCCUUCGGAGACGGAGGGGGGGGUGUCGGUGCUGGACGCUCAUUGGAAGGAACUCCAGGAGCAGCAGGAGAAAGACGCCCGGCAGCUGUCCAUCGCUAUCGCCCGCUGCUACACCAUGAAGAACCGGCACCAGGACGUGAUGCCUUACGACCUCAACAGGGUGGUCCUGCAGUCGGGCAAAGACGACUACAUCAACGCUAGCUACAUCAAAGACUUGUCGCUAUAUUGCCCCCACCUCAUCGCCACCCAGGCGCCGCUCACUGGCACCGCCGCAGAUUUCUGGUUGAUGGUCUACGAGCAGAAAGUGUCCCUGGUGGUCAUGCUGGUUUCGGAGCAGGAAGUGGAGAAGGGGAAAGUUCUGCACUACUUCCCGACAGAGCGCGGCCAGCAGUUGUCUCAGGGUCCCAUCACGCUCAGCCUGACCACGCAGAAGACCACGCCCACACACGUGGAGCGCAUGAUCAGCCUGCAGUACCGCGACCAGAGCCUCAAGCGCACCGUUGUCCACCUGCAGUUUACCUCCUGGCCAGAGCUGGGGCUUCCCGAGAGCAAGAGCAACCUGCUGAACUUCAUCCAGGAGGUCCAUGGGCACUACCUGCACCAGAGACCCUCACACACUCCUGUGGUGGUCCACUGCAGUUCGGGUGUCGGACGCACCGGCGCCUUCUGUCUGCUGUACGCGGCGCUGCAGGAGCUGGAGGCCGGGAACGGGAUCGCGGACCUUCGUGUGCUGGUGAAGAAGAUGAGGCAGCAGAGGAAGAACAUGCUGCACGAGAAGCUGCACCUCAAGUUCUGCUACGAGGCCGUGUUGAAGCACUCUGAGCAGGUCCUGCUGCGACACGGCGUCUCCGUAGCAACCAGUAGCAGGACCGCCAGCUCGGCCGCGACGAAGUCGUACUCGCGCCAGGAGUCCCAGCAGGAUCUGGUCCUGGGGGCCGACAUGCCCAUCAGCUCCAUCCAGGCCACCAUCGCCAAGCUCAGCGUGCGGCCCCCCAGCACCCAGCCCACGGAGGGCGGGGCCUGUCCCGGCCUGGAGGAGGAGCUUGUGUGCGUCUCACCCUCCCUCGACUCGCCGGACGACGCCCCCCAGGAACAUUUGGAACCCACCGCCUCGUUUAGUUCCCCCCUAGCACAUUCCCCGCCGCCGCCCAACGGCCUGGAUGUUGAGUCCCCUCCCCUCAUGCCCCCGGAGACUCCGCCUGAACCACCGCCCGCCGCUCCGUCGUCGUUGGAACUGCUGGCCUCGCUGGCGCCAGAAGCUUUCUCCAUGGAGGGCGGCGGGCGGGGAAAGCAACGCGUCACCAAGCAGAGUUUCCUGCAGCCGGCGGAGGGUCAGGGUCUCCACGGGACCCGGGGGGGCGAAAGCACAGACCCCCUCAGCGGUCUAGAUCCCCUGUGGAGUCUCAACAAGUAAACUUUUGAGCCGUAGAACAAUCCCAGCAUGCACUGCACAGCCAAGUGAUGCUUUUAAACAUGGCGGGCUGGGCGGAGCUUGUUGGAAGACAACCAAUCAGCAAUGAGUUUGUGUAAGCCUUUUAGAAGUUUACUAAUGGUUGAAUAAAGUACGUCGACACUAA